CACUGACUCAUUUUUUGAGAAAAUUGGUGACCAAGCUUGGGAUUUUCUCCUUCUUUUCUUGUUCUUGAACCCAGAAAUUCCCCCCCCCUCUCUGCUGGAAAUUUCAGAUCUGCUCUGCUCUGUCUUCCCCGCCGGCUGCUCUUGCUUGUGGGUGUGAUUUUCGGUCUUUCUUGGUAAGAAGCAGCCAAGAAAUCAUCUCUUUAACCUUGAUUUAGGCUGGGUUAUGCUAAUUUCUGUUUAUUUCCCUCAAUUUUUUUGGGUAGUCCGUGAGUUUCCUGCAGCUUGCCGCCGGCUUCUUCUUCCCCUGCUAGCUCCCGUUCUUGCUGGAAAAUUCUGGUUCCCGAUUGUUCUGUCAGUUAGCAUUGAGAUUGAGUGCUCGGUUUUAUGCAAGUGAGGAAGCGAAACCGAGGAUGGGGAAACCGAGGGGAGUGACGAAUUAGAAGGCUAGCCAUUUCGAGAUUGAUAUAGAUUUAGAAAUAAAUCAUGCUCUUGUAAGCUAGAUUGUGAUUGGAGAUUUUAUGAUAUCAGAGCAGAUCGUAAAAUUUUAUCUUGAGAUUUUGUGGUAUCAGAUUGUAAUUUGAAUAAAUUCCAAGCCUUGUGCACUUGUGGGACCCGUCUCACGAGUGCACGGCGUCUGCCACGUCUCCGGAUUCGGGUUCUAGGGCAUGACAGAAUCAUUGA